AUGAAUUUUCUUUUGCUUCUAUGGCUCUUGGCCUCAUUGGCCUUGAGCAGUCCGAUUGCGCACGAUCUCUUUCCAUUCAAACCGACGUCUCAGCUGGAGGCAAGGGCCGCAAAUCAGAGUCAGUCGUUACCGAACUCUCAGGUGCCUUGGAAAGGAUUUGACAUCAACACAAAUUACUACAAGACUGCCCCGGAUACAGGCGUGGUGCGGGAGUAUUUCUUCGACAUCAUCAAUACCACUCGUGCACCUGAUGGGGUCGAGCGGCGGGUGCUUCUUGUCAAUGGACAGUUCCCAGGUCCAACCAUCGAGGCCAACUGGGGAGACACGGUGAAGGUGCAUGUCACCAAUCGCAUGCAGGACAAUGGCACUUCAAUCCACUUCCAUGGGAUUCGACAGCUGAACAACAACCAAAUGGAUGGGGUAACAGCUCUGACUCAAUGCCCUGUACCUCCCGGAUCAAGCUACACAUAUGUCUGGAAGGCCGAGCAGUACGGUACAAGCUGGUACCAUUCGCAUUUCUCUCUCCAGGCUUGGGAGGGCGUUUACGGCGGCAUCGUGAUCCAUGGCCCUUCAACGGCUGACUACGAUCAAGACCUGGGUGUUCUCUUUCUGAGUGACUGGCUUCAUGAGACCUAUUAUAGCUAUUAUCAAGAGGAUCUCAAUAGUGGCCAGCUGCCUACCAUGGUGACGGGCCUGUUGAAUGGGACGAAUGUCUGGGUUCCCAAGCAUGGCCCUACUGUCGGCCAACGAUUCCAGACUACCUUUGUGCCGGGUCGCAGGUAUCGGAUCCGUCUGCUCAAUACUGCCAUGCACACGCAGUUCAAAUUCUCGAUCGACAAUCAUGACCUCACCGUAAUUGCGGCUGACUUCGUCCCAAUGGUGCCAUUCAAGACGAAUCACGUCCCGAUUGGAAUGGGUCAGCGGUACGAUAUCAUCGUGACUGCCAAUCAAAGACCGGAUAACUACUGGAUUCGCGCGGUGCCGCAAUCGUACUGCAGCAACAACACGGCGGCAGACAACAUCAAAGGCAUCUUGCGCUACAAGGGGUCCAACCCGAGCUCGGAUCCGCGGUCGACGAAGUGGGACUAUGGAGGCGACGUCGACUGUCAGGAUUUUCCGACGUCGACCCUUGUCCCGAAACUUGCUCUGAACGCAGACCUCGGCGAGGCGAACACAGUAACUUCUGAUACUGGCAUCGGAGGCAUUGGCAAGCCACCAAUCUACCUAUGGAAGAUGGGAGGUGAAAUCUUCAAUACCUCCUGGAGCGACCCAACCCUACUGCAAACCUCUGAUGCUCCCAAGAAGGCCAGCUGGGAGCCAGGUCAGGGAGUGAUCCAGGCGAGCGUUGCCAAUCAAUGGACCGUGCUGAUCAUUCAGACGGCCAUUCCUGCCGUUCAUCCCAUUCAUCUACACGGCCACGAUUUCUACAUCCUAGCCCAAGGCCUUGGUACUUAUGACCCCUCCACGGUCAAGCUGCAGACGGAAAACCCCACGCGCCGCGAUACGCUCAACCUCCCCGCAGCAAACGGCAAGGGGGGGUACGUCGUCAUCGGGUUUGAGGCUGAUAACCCCGGUGCCUGGCUGAUCCACUGCCACAUCGGCUUCCACGCGGCGGAGGGAUUCGCACAGCAGAUCAUCGAGCGACAGAGUGAGUUUGAGGAGUUCUUGGACAGAGAUGUCCUGGAAGAGACAUGUAAUGCGUGGAAUGCGUGGGCCGAGACGAACCCUUACGGGUUCCAGCACCGAGGCGAUCAUGGGCCGUAUGAGUCUGGUAUUUAA